ACCAAUAUUCCCCCCACCCCCCGACUUGCAAAAUAACGAAAUUCACUCAUUUCGCCAUGAAGGAAUAAUACAUCAAAAUGCGUUUAUGGCGACAACAGAACGCUCGAGAGGAAAUUACAAGGAGGCAGAAUAGAGUGUGAAACUGAAGGCGGUGAAAUACAAGCAAUUUCUGCCCUGGAGGUUUGGACUGGGGACGUCGGGCUACUAAUGAUUAACCUACUUUCCGUCGUGUUACCUGCCUUUUUUAAAUGACGGGACCUCACCAGCUAAGCGCAGCCGGCUGUAGUCUCGGGAGUAGGGCGUGCAACGCGAACAGACACCGGGGUUUGUAGUUUGCACCCGGUCUGACCAUCCGCGGUACCGCCCCGUUUUUUUCCCUCCCUCUCUUUCUCUCCCCUCUCGCGCUAACGUUAUCCGCACGGCCCGGAGAAGGCUGGAGAUACAGUACGGAGUAGCUUUGGACCUCCUUACCACGUACCGGCUCCCACCAUGGGGAAUACAACCUCUUGCUGCGUUUCGUCGAGCCCCAAACACCGGAGGAACAACCACUCCAGGCUGGAGCCCUACCGCCCGGAGACCGACCUGAGCCGAGAGGACACGGGCUGCAACCUCCAGCACAUCAGCGACCGAGAGAACCUGGACGAUCUACCCAUGGAGUACAAUCCAUCAGACCAUCCCCGGGCCAGCACCAUCUUCCUCAGCAAGUCCCAGACUGACGUUCCCCUGCCCAACAACAGAGUUCGGGAAAAACGGAAGAGCCUUUACAUCAACCAUUUCACACACAUUUCGGAGAACAAGCAUCAUCCAGGCCUGGUGAGACGGAAGUACAGCUCCUGCUCCACCAUAUUUCUUGACGACAGCACCGUCAGUCAGCCCAACCUCAAGUAUACCAUCAAAUGCGUAGCCCUUGCAAUAUACUACCACAUAAAGAACAGGGAUGUCGACGGAAGAAUGUUAGUGGACAUUUUCGAUGAGAAGCUGCACCCUCUCACGAAGUCUGAACUUCCUCCUGAUUAUGAGAAACACGACCCCGAGCAGAAGCAGAUCUACCGCUUCGUCAGGACGCUGUUCAGCGCCGCACAGCUCACUGCCGAGUGCGCCAUUGUCACCUUGGUAUAUCUGGAAAGGCUCCUGACCUAUGCCGAGAUCGACAUCAGCCCUUCCAACUGGAAGCGCAUUGUGCUGGGAGCCAUCCUUCUGGCAUCCAAAGUGUGGGACGACCAGGCGGUCUGGAACGUCGACUACUGCCAAAUCCUCAAAGAUAUCACCGUGGAGGACAUGAAUGAGCUGGAACGUCAGUUUCUGGAGCUGCUGCAGUUCAACAUCAACGUGCCGUCCAGCGUUUACGCCAAGUAUUACUUUGACCUUCGUUCUAUGGCUGAGGCCAACAACCUGAGCUUCCCACUGGAACCCCUCAGUAGGGAGAAGGCCCAGAAACUAGAGGCCAUCUCGCGGUUGUGCGACGACAUAUACAAGGACUUGAGGAAACAAGCGAAGAAGCGGUCGGUGAGCGCGGACAACCUGACGGUGGUGCGCUGGUGCCCGGCCAUCAUCUCCUAACACUGGCCGCCCACAGCACGCAGGCACACCUGUCAGACAUACUGCACUGUGUUUCUGCCCUAGUGGCCAGGCAAACCAGGUGGGCAGCAGACCCGUGGAUCAGUACACACACAGACACACACACACACAAAAUCUAGCACUUUCACAAGUGUGAUUGCACCCUCUAGUUGUUGUACAUAAAAGACGUUCCACUGGCUGCCUGCACUGAACCAAAUAGAGCUGAGCUGAACCAAACUGAAGUGCUUGUGCGAAAGUUAUUGGACUGCAGCUGUCCGAUAACAGCUGGACUGCAGAAGAAGAGGCCGAUCAGAAACGCAGCAGGCGAUAUAUAUUUAUAAGAGAGGUGGUGUGAAGUUGAGACAAGCGCUCCUUCCCUCUCAGGCUCCUUUCGCUUGUGCGGGUGAAUGAGGGAGGCCGUGUACAUUCCUUUUUGUUUUAAACUUCAGGUUUAGUCACUCUCUGAUCGGAAGAAUGAGGUGAUUUUUAUUUUUCCUUUAGAAAGGCACAUUUGAACAUUUUGUCGGGUGUUCAUCUGUUCUUAUUGCACCCCUAUCUGUGAGGUGAGUACACAAACGGAAAGGCAUGUACUAUACUCUGUUACCUUCAGUGUGCACCUGACACAUUCAGGGCAGCGCCGCAUAUCAUCGUAUUCACUUCCAUCGUGGGUGUUUUGUUGAAGCGGACACUCAAAAGCCUCACAUCGUCCGGGGUGCUCUGACGGGACCAGCACCACCACGGCCACAUUCAGACACAGCGCUUCACUUCAAGCAAUAAUCAUGCAUCGCCCAAUUCUUGGGACGAAAUACAAAAAAAGCUCGGGAAGAGACUGAGGGGAGGAAGGCAGACACGAGACGUCCUGUAGAGCUUGUGUCGUACUUAAUUUACUGCCAUCGUCCUGACCUGUGGUGCCUGUAAUAAGCUAACCGUUUUCCCCUUUCCACUGGAGGAAUGGAACAAAUAACUGAAGUAUUUUGUUUUUCUCUGUAACAUUUUGUAUGGUUCUUCCGGCUUACAAAGAAACAGCACAGCGAAGUGGAAUACUGAUAUUUAGGAGCCGCCAAAGGCAUGAUUCUUUUCAGGGUUGUAUUGUGGUUGUGUUCUGGAGAAAAAGCAUUAGGUGACAAUUCAAAGGCACUGCUUACAAAACGACAGAUUGUAAAGGUUUUGCUCUCUAUACAGUGUAAAUACAGCGUCGGUGUACAAAAUCUGUAGACUUAAGAUCGUACUGUAAAAAGAGAACAGAAUGAUGGUAGAAGACUUUCUGAUCUUGGAUCAGUUUAUAGUGUCCUCUAGAGGGACUGUUAAUAUGUUGGAUGUUCCUAUGUAAAAUCAAGAAAAGAUUCAGUAUUAGGAUUCAAACGGGAGACACCACUAUCUUUUGGCCUGUUUUCUUGUUAUAAUGUUUUUUUUCCACACAGCAGAAAGUUUUUUUUUAAUGUAUUACAUGUUGUAUAUGGUAACUUAAUAAUACAAGACAAUUUAGGCUUAUUUUAUUAAUUGUUGUCAUUUUUUUCAACCCCUCUCUGCGGAGGCAUUGCCAGAAGUGCAGUUCAGCGAUCAUUAUGGAGCCCCACAAAAAAGAAAUGUCACUGGCCACCUCAAAAACUCAAAAAUAUAAUAAAACUAUUUCAAUGGAGUUGGAAGAGCUAUAAAGUUGUAGUUGUCCUUCAGUUUGUUAAAAAAAAGCUUUUAUGUUUUUCCUCUCAGUGAUGCAUAGUUUAUUUUUCUCUUGUCUAUCUUUCUGAACUGUAGCUCAUUUCAUUUGUCAUGUCUUGGCAUCCCUUAAAUCAUUUAUCCAGUCCCUGUAUCAACAUUCCCCUUUCGGUAUGUCAUUUUCAAUUUACCUCUUAGAAAACGAGAACGCGCCAAUGGCCGCACUAAUCACACACACACACACACCAUGGACCAAUCACAGACGUACAUGGAUAUCCAAGCUUGCAUUAUGAUAAAGGAGGUUUAUUUAAACUUGAGAAAUAGUGUGGGUAAAAAAACCUAUCCAUAUAAAAAUUAAAGAUGUCGGACAGUAAGUAGAUAAAUUAUUAUGUUUUGAAAAUUCUAAACAAAUUUUUGUUUUUUUAUUAACUUAUUUUAAGAAAAGAGGAGAGAAUUAUUAUGCAUAAUUGUUUUUAUUUAACUAAAAAAAUGACUUAUGUAUUCAGUUUUAACUGCAACUUUUUCAUUUACACAUUUUCACACAGUUUCUUGCAUUUGCUGUGCUGCUCCUGAUCCUUGAUCAUUAUUUUGGCAAUGAGAAAUAGUAGAAAAAUGUGCAGGGAUGCAGUAGAACGUAAACCAACGUGAUAGGUGUUUUUUUUAGAUCCAAUUUAGGUCAAAAUUGAAAUGUGACGUCAGCUUUUACCUACCUACAAGCCUCCAGCUUAUUGAGUGGAUCUCAUGUGGAUCCCAACUUUCACAUGUGUGAUUUUGGCUAGUGAGUGAGAGGUCCGAACCGGAGCAGCAGGUUGUAGAAGAGACAGGACCGACACGGAGUGGUGGAGAAAUGAAGGACUGUCCCGUUGGGCGUCUUGCUCUGACUGAGCCCACACUUUGCACAUGAAAGAUAUUUAAAAACGUAGACAGAGAACUGCUGUUUCACAUGGUGCUUUGGAUGAGUGGGAAAAUAAAGUGCAAAAAUGGAUCUGUAGAAAAGUUCCGUUGCUGGAGUGUGUGUGCAUACACGGACCGGUGUUCUCUAGACCGAGAGGUGAGUAAGUGUUGAUGCCAUGUGGUCCACAUAGACCACGGGCCAGUGGCGUCCUGUCGGCUGGCUGCUCAGUGUGUGUCACACACAGCGUGUGAGCUUUUCGCUUCAUUUUUCUUCCUCUUUUUGGCAGCCAUUUCUGUCUUUUCACAUUUCAGCGUUGAUCAUGAAGGUGUCCUCUGCUGUGGCUGUGAUUUUUUUAAAAUUUUAUUUCUAUUGAUGUUGAUGUUUUAAACAAGUGCUGUAUUCUGUUGGUUGUUAUUGUAAGUGUGCCCUUCUUUUGGGGGAGUCAGCCAUUCCUUUUCAGUUUCUUUUGCAGAUCUUAAUAUUGUUUUGUUUUUUCCUGUAUGUUUUCAACUAUGAUUUAAAGAAACCCCAAUUCUUCUACUCUGGAGCAAUGUUUAGAAAAACGUUUGCAAGAAUUAAACUUUAAAACCUUGCAAAAAACCAAGCAAAUGUCUCUUGUUUGAACCAAAGAACCAAUGCACAGGCUCCCCCUGAGAUCUAAAACCAGUGGUUCUAUGCUGCUACCACAAGGUUUCAAUAUGUACUAUUGUGCCACUGAAGUGACUCAGCAGGGCUUCUGUCAGAAAGAACCAUUCAAAUGGCCAAGAGAAAGCGGUAAUGCAGAGAUUAAUCUUCCAUUGCGUCACUGAGGGACAAUUUAAUUCUCCUCAAUUCUCCUCAUUCGCCGCUCUGGUAAUUGCCUAAAAAGUCAUUUCAACAAAGAGCUGCUGUAAACUUAAGUGACGGAUCCACAACAUUUGAAAUACAACGCCCUCUCUCUCUCUCUCUCUCUCUCUCUCUCCUUUAGUGUGUCUUAAAGCUGACAAAACCGUGUUUGAUCCCUUAAAGGAGCAGUGCGUAGGAAUUAGUGGUAUCUGGUGGUGAGGGUUCAGAAUGCACAAUGAAAAAUACUAUUAUAUUCCAUUUCUGCCAAAAAAAUGCCUUGCUUUCUGAUUAACUUGUACUGAAGCCGACCGAAUAUUAUGGGGGAAAAAAUUGUUUAGGGAGAAACUUAAAAUGGAGGUGGAUAAUUACUGGGAUUAUAAAAUACUUUUGUGUUUAUUCAGGUCAUCAGUGAAAUAAAAAACAAGUGAGCCUGAUUAACCUCUGAGCAUCAACUGAGCACUGGCAAGUAGUCGAGACAAACUAAAAGGGGCAUUAGGGGGUUUGGUUUAAUGACAACGUAUUACCUUUCAUGUGCUUAUGUACACGCUUAUGUGUGCGC